GACCGACACCCUGUCCUUGACGUCUCUCCCCUGCUGUGGAGGGGGAAGCCUGGGCUGCCAUACCUUGCUUGCCAUUGUAUACUUCAUCCGUACAUACCUUACCAUAGGUAGGUGCCCUGCCCAUGUACUACAAGACGGUACUGUCUGUCUGUACCGUACAGUUCACCUCGAACCUGUCCCGCGAACCCUUACCUAAUCCAACUGCUACCCAAACCUCAAGCGCCGCUGCGCUGCUCAGUCUCCAAAAUUAUCCCACACCACACCACACCACACCACACACCCGCAAAUUGCCCAACAUUGUACCCGGUAAACCUCGUUGAUUGACAUUAUAGUCUUUUACCCGGUUUAUUUGGCACAUUGCCUCUCGCUCUCUGAAAUCCGUCGCUAGAAAAGUCUUGGGUUAUCUUUCAAUAUUUGUUGGGGGAUUUUCUUGGUUAUUGGCUUUGGCUUCUCUCAAAGGGACCCGAUCCUGUCCAACCUUUUCGCGAAAACGACAUUCGCAAUUUGGUGCCUAGGUACUUUGUGGCUACUAGACAACACAUACCUAUUCUUUACCACACUUGACCAGUCACGACCAGUCUCCCGGUCUCCGAGAAAGCACACAACAGCUCACCGACUCGCUGCCAGAACAAAGAAAGAAAAAAAAGAGGGGAAAAGGGAAAGAAAAAUAAAAGGAGCUGAAAAAGGCAGCACCACUACACAUUCACGAUUAGACGAAAACAUCCAUACAUACACAAAAGAACAACCAUCGAAGCAACGGAUCCGACCGGGCUUCGACGCCCACCCUCUACCUCUCUCAACAACACCACUUCGCAACUUGUUGCAUCCUUCCCAGCGAGCGUCGCGCCACAAAACAACCAUGGCUGAGAAGCCUUCGGUUCUCAUCAUUGGCGGGCUGGGAUACAUUGGUCGUUUCCUGGCUCUGCACAUCCAUAAAAAUGGCCUGGCGUCAGAAGUGAGGGUGGUGGACAAGGUGUUACCUCAGCUGGCCUGGCUCGCUCCUGAGUUCAAAGAUGCGUGCGCCGGAGACAAAUUUGUACAGGCAGACGCGAGCAGAAAGGAGUCGAUGGCGCGUAUAUUCGACCGACCAGACGGGAAAGAGUGGGACUAUGUGUUCAACUGCGGAGGCGAAACCAGGUACUCGCAGGAGGAUGAGGUUUACAAGCUGCGGUCGCUGGGCUUAUCACUCGCCCUCGGCAACGAGGCAGCCAAACGCAAAAUCAAGGUGUUUGUCGAGCUAAGUACCGGAAUGGUGUACAAGCCCGACUCACAACCAAGCAAGGAGGGAGAUAAGCAAAAGCCAUGGAGCAAGAUUGCUGUAUUUAAGCAGCAGGCCGAGGAGCAACUGGCCAAGAUUGAGGGUUUGAACCUCGUAAUCGCCCGUCUGGCGCAUGUCUACGGACCUUAUGCCUCCCAGUGGGUUGCGACGGCGCUCUGCAUGGCGCGCGUGUACAAGGAGAAAGAUGAAGAAAUGAAGUGGCUGUGGACAAAGGACCUGCGCACAAACACGGUCCAUAUAAGCGACGUUGUCCGGGCAUUGUGGGACAUGGCCUCGUGGUACGAUGCUGGCAAGAAAGGUUGGGACAACAAGACCAUGGGCGAGGUUGCGACCUUCAACGUGGUUGACAAGGGUGUCACAACCCAGGGCGCCAUGGCCGAGUUGAUCGGAGACAUAUUUGGCAUCCAGACGGGCUUCCAAGGGCAACUGAUCAGUACCUUUGCCAGGCUGAACAUGGACAGCGUCGUUGACGACGUCAACGACAACAUGCUGGGACCGUGGGCGGAAUUACUAGAGCAGGCAGGCAUCGUAAGGCCGGGUCCUCUGACUCCUUUCAUGGAGAAGGAGCUGCUCAAGGACACAGACCUCAGCAUGGACGGCACCCGGCUCGAGACGGUGCUUGGGUUCCAAUACGAGAAGCCCAAGAUCACCAAGGAGCUGCUCGAGGAGGUGAUUGAAAGCUACAAGAACAUGAACUGGUGGCCGGCUUGAUUGGGCCAGUGCAGGCAUAAAAGUCACUAAGAUGACGAGAUGGACAAAGCGCAACGCAAUAACGAUGCGUGUUCGCGCGGAAAACACAAAACAAAAACAAAAAAAAAAAAAAAGAUAUGCUUCGGCCGAGGCAGGCCGUUUUGGAGCGUGUCAUGAGCUGAACCUUUGUGACAUCCUCAAUUGGAGUCUGAUAGUCUAAGCCCUUGAGCCGAUUCAGAGGUCAACACUGUAACCGUGAGAGGACAGAAUCGCGCCAUCUUGGACGCAAAAAAAGUAUUUCGCCAGAGUGUAAAGGGGGUGGGUUGGCUGGGGGGGAAAUACUACGUUCGAACUCGUGACAAAAAGGAAGGCGAAGCACAGGAGUUGCGAUGAGAAAGGUAAUCAAAAAGUAGCGAACCGCUCUCGGGUCGUCAUGACAGCAAGGCUUCCGCUGGCGGUAUAGCAUAUAUUUAUUGUAUUUUUGGCCUCACGAGGCACUUGGCCUAGGCGGGUUCAUUGCUCAUACUGUAGCCGAUCUGCCGUGUAUAUUUAGGAUAUCCGCUUUUUCUUUUUUUCUUUUUUUUUCUUUUUUUUCGUUUUUCUCUCCUUUUCCCCCCCUUCUUUCGCUUUUCGCUUCUUAAUAUUUGGCUUAUUAUCACCCAUGUUCUUUGCGGCUUUCUCCGUCUCGGUGUGUACCUUGUUGUCAUCUCAUCUGAGGUUUUUUUCCUUUUCUUUUUGGGUUAUACCACGUCUGUUGUCGCCAGCCAUUCAAACAUCUGCCUAUUACGUAGUGGCCUA